AUGCAGUCUGCACAGUGUAAAACAAAAGGUGAACAGCUUGAUUUGCCGUGCACCACUGGCGCUACUCUCUCAUCUAUUCUGGCCGACCGCGAGCAUGCUGCACUUCAGCAACUUAACCAGAACUCUACGAAAUUUAAUCAAACGGGAACAUUGAAAUUUGGCAUUCAAACAAUAUUGAACGAAUCCUGUUCGGCAAUGACUCAACCGCCCACAAUCCCGGUCCUAGAUAGACUGGCACCGCCAGCAUCACCUCAUCCACCACCAUCACAAAUAUCAUCACUACAACCGUUGACGUUACGACCACUACCACCAUCCGCACCACCACCGCCCGAGUCCACUUUGUCCUCUUCCUUACCCGGAUCUUCCGGACUUUCCUACUGGGAUACAGACAGUCCGGCUGAUGAUCCGGACACUCCUUGCGAUUUGUCCUUGUCGGGGAACGGGCUCAAUCAACAGGUCAACACCUUUGUUGAAUCGCCAACUUGGCCGGAUUCCACAUCCUCGUGUGAAUCAGCUAGACCGACGUUGUCAUCACGAUUUUUGGCAUUUCGUUCUUCGGUGAAUGGAUUGAGCAAUUUAUUGGUGGACGCGGAUCGAGAGCCAGAUGAUGAAGAAGAUGCAUCAUCGUGGGAUUCUGGCCGGCCGACCACAUCCUCUUCAGUCCCAACUUCUUCACAGUUUGUGGGCACACAAAUGCAACCGCCUGCUCCACCUGGUCCGUCACCUGCCGUAUCCCGAAGUAUCACCUCUCGAAUGGAACAGGACUUGUUGCGUGCAUUGGACGUGCUUACCGCAUCAUCGACAGCGUCGUCAACUUCUCCCUCUUCGUGUCCUUCCUCCACGCAACCCACUAAUGGAGCGGCUGCCGCAGCAGCUGCAGCGGCGGCAGCCGUGGUGGCCGCGGCGGCCUUGGUCCGGACAGAUACGGGGCAUCAAACGACAGCACAGUCGACACGGAUUCCCUGGAGUUCUGUGAUUCGCGAUGUGAGUUGUUUGUUCGUUUACCUAAUCUUGAAUCCUAUUUUGACCGCUUUCGUUCAGUUUCAUCCAGGGAUUAUCAAUUUCAGUCGGUAG